AUGGUUAAGAAGACUAAGAACAUAAGACAACGUUUGAGCACAAGCGACGAUGUUAAACUAGACGAGGUGCCCAUAUCUGGGCAACAGGCGGGCACCUGUCCUGUUCCUAUGAUAACUUGUUGUAAAAAAGGUAAGGUUUUGCUUGUUGUGUUCUCUGUUUUAGGUUGAUGAUUGACUGGGAAGUUUUGAUGUAAAAAGCUUCUCUAGGCUUUGAGCUAUGUUACUUUUUAUCAAAAUUUUACAUUCUUUGUUAAAAGAAGUUAUUUUUCUACAGAAAAGAGCAUAGUUAAGAUCAGAUUGUUUACGAAUAUAUAAAAUAGCUAAAACAAUAUUUUAGUCUAUCGUUUUUACUUGGUUUUUUUAAUAAAAAAGACGGAAAUUUUGUCGUGUAUCUUAAUUUUUUAUUAGCAACACGUCAGCUUAAAAACGAAAAUUAAGAAGACAUUUGAUCAGUUUUCUCAUGGGUAGGAUAAUGUAAUUUAUUGUUUUAAAAAUAAUUAAACGUAUUGUUUUUCGUAGAGUUUGAUUUUCUUUAAUUUUUUCGAAAGGUAUUUUAUAGAUUUAAGAUUUUAUUAUUUAUCAUUUUAUAGUUUUAGUUUUAUAAAUUGAGGUUUUGAGUGAAAACUGUCUGUUAGGAAGUAUAUCAAUAUAUUAUACUGUGAUGUUUAAAAGGUAGUUGCUGUUUUUUUUGCAAAAAAUUUAUUGUUUUUACUUUUUUUAAUAAAAAUGGGUGUUUAAAAUAAUAAUUGAACAGUUAUAUUAUUUAUUUGGUCAAAUAUAUCAAUCUUUUCAUCUUGGUUCUUUUAGGUACACCGAUAACAGAAGAAAAUGGCGUUAAAAUGUUUUGCUCGAGCAAAGACUGUACGAUAUUAAAUAUUUUACAUAAAGAAUGCUUUGAAGAGUUAGAAUGUGGCCUUAUAAAGAUGUUGCAAAAUAAAGGUUCGUCGGUUUCGAUAAUAAUAUUGUUCGUGUUUAGGUUCGGCAAGGAGGUGGACGGAAGACCAACGAAUGAGUAACUUAUGGACUAAAAAGGGCAUGAAUAUACUGGCCAGGUUUCUUAGGUGUAAAUGCUCGAAAGGUAUAUUAGAUAAACGAGAGGAUUUUAGAAUGGUGAGUUAUAUUGUUUUAGGUUUGAUGGGCUUGUUUAUUUUAUUGUAAAUGGUUUAAAUGUUCAAGGCGAGGGCUUUUGCUUGUGGUAGGUAUGAUAGCUUUAACUUUAUGUGUUUUUUAAUUUAUUUUACGUUGAUUUUCAUGAUUUCAGCCCGACAAACCUAUAAUUGUUGACGUAUUUCCUAAAACAGAGCAUAAUCAUACGAUAAAGAAGAAACGAGAACUACCUACACUAAAUACGAGUACGAAACCGCCUGGAUUACUGAAAAGUGGACUACUGUAAGUUUUUUUUUCAGCAUUUUUACUAUGUUUUUGGUUUUUGUGUUUUGGCUGUUUCAUGGUGCAAUAAAAUAUUCAAGAAUUUGCACCGUGCAAACCGUUUUCUGUAACUUUUUAUUGAUCUUUAUUUCUGAUAUUGUUUUAGAGCUAAAAAGUUGGGUAAAUUUAAUCCACACUUUAUGGAAACGCAUAGUGACGAUGAGGAAGAUAGCAUACCUAAAGUAAGUAGGCUUGUCUACGUUCGAAGAGGUAUUAUGUCUGUUUUUUAAACCGAAAACCAAACGAUGUUUAACGUUUUUUUGCGUAUUUGUCAGUAAAUUAUUUUUUUUUAUAAAUUUAAGUAUAGAAUCAGCUGUAACGCCUUGAGUUGGCAUUCAUGAUGUAUAUAAAGGUCCCUCUUUAUUAUUUUACAUUUCAGUUCCACACAUCUGAUAACAUGUCUCCAAGAGCCAAACUAAAGUCAUCACCAGCCAAAGAAGAUACGAAACUGAAUUACGCGACAAAAGUAAAACCUGAACCGACAAAACCCGUACCUCCGUCGACUGAAUGGCCCGCACUGGAUGGCACGUCUGACAAAACAGCCUCACUGAAUGUUAUACUACCCAAACCCAAAAAGACCUUCUCAGAAGUCACUCAGCAGUUCAAGCCUAAGGUCGUGAAGAAGCCGGUCGAAGUGAAUGUGUACAAGGUCUUAAGCAGAAAAGACAUUGAAGUUCGAAGGCUUCCAGGCUUCAGGAAGCCGGCUGAGCCAAGCGAAAGUGAACACAGUGUGUCGAGCAGGGCAGAGAACAAGGAGAACAUGACCACCACUUAUGCUGAGAGUGAAUGUAGUGCCUUUGAUAAGAUGUCAGUGGUUAGUGAUCAGGAUACUAAGGUUGGUUUAAGCUUUAUUGUAGGUUUUGAUGGGGAUUUUUAUAUUAUUUUGGGAUGUGUUCGGUUUUUUGCUUCUAAAUUGAUUAUCUUUGCUUUCUAAAUCUUUUAAAAUUGUAUUAGAUACUACAAUCUUUAAAAUCUUUUAUAAGAAUUUGAUUCAGGGUAAAUCACAAUCAGAAUUCUACCAAACCGGGCCAAUACCAGGCCUAGCACGCGAUUUAAUAUCAGCAUCGCCCGAUCCAUCUCGCUUCACACCCUCGGUCUUGUCUCAAUCAUCUCGACUGCCAGCUUCUCCAUCCUACUCUGAUGUGUCAUACACAACAUUUGAAAGCGACGAGAACAAAGCACCGGCCGAUUCGAUCUCAGACGCACUCAAAUCUAUCAGCAUUCGAUCCGUACUGACACAAGGGUUCCUCGACAUGAAUAAGAUCAACUUUGGGCCCAUCUACAGGAGCAACGAGACCUUUAUCCAGUCACUGCUUGAGGACACGGACGAGUUCUUUCAUCCACAGACCUUUGUCGACGAUAAGAAAGUCAAGUCGAGUAUAUGGCCGGCUCACCUACGGUCCAUGUAG